CGGCUGAGAGAAUGCUGGUUGACCAAUCACAUCUGUGUUUACUCCAUCACCUGUCAACUCACGCCCUCUGUUACGGUUUCUCUGUGGAAGAAUCUUUGAAAAAAAAAAGCAUUCAAACUGAAGCGCAGACGGUAGCUGCUAACUGGACGGACUCUCUGGCAUUUGACCUUUUGCAGUGGCAUAGGACUUGAACCAUGAGCUCAGUGGCAGUGUUGACCCCAGAGAGCUUUGCAGAGCAUCGCAGUGGCCUAAAGGACCAGGAGAUCACAGGCUGUGUCCCAGAGGAUGAAGCCUACAUCCCAACCUACCUUGAGGCGUUUCCUCCUCUCCCGGAGAAGGGGACUCCAGGGGAGAGGGCUGGGGAGCCGGCACCGGUGUGGGGGAGCAAGAUCAGGCCAAUCAAAGCUUCUGUCAUCACCCAGGUGUUUCACGUGCCUCUGGAGGAGCGACGAUACAAGGACAACAGCCAGUUUGGGGAGGGGGAGGAGGCCAAAGUGUGCUUGGACAUAAUGCAGCGGACGGGAGCCCACAUUGAAUUGUCCCUAGCAAAAGACCAAGGUUUAUCCAUCAUGGUCACAGGAAAGUUGGAUUCUGUCAUGAAGGCCCGGAAGGAAAUUGUUGCUCGCCUGCAGACACAGGCUUCUGCAACAGUCGCCAUUCCGAAAGAGCAUCAUCGCUUUGUUAUCGGCAAGAAUGGAGAGAAGCUGCAGGAGCUGGAACUGAAAACUGCUACCAAGAUAGCCAUUCCCCGCCCAGACGACCCCAGCGCUAACAUCAGAAUCACUGGCACUAAAGAGGGGAUCGAGAAGGCUCGCCAUGAAAUCCUUCUGAUCUCUGCUGAACAGGACAAGCGUGCUGUAGAACGUCUGUCCCUGGAGAAGGCUUUCCACCCCUUCAUAGCCGGUGCCCACAAUCGGCUGGUCCAGGAGCUCAGUCAGGAGACAGGAGCUCGGAUCAGCAUCCCUCCCCCAAGCCUGCACAAGGAUGAGAUUGUCAUCACUGGUGAGAAGGAGGCCGUAGCUCUGGCACUGAAUCGAAUCCGAGCCAUCUAUGAAGACAAGAAGAGAAAGACGACCACUAUCUCUGUGGAGGUGAAGAAGUCUCAGCACAAAUACAUCAUUGGGCCAAAGGGCAACACCCUGCAGGAGAUCCUGGAGGCCACAGGGGUGUCAGUGGAAAUGCCUCCUCUUGACUCUGGCUCGGAGACCAUCAUCCUGAGGGGGGAACCUGACAAACUGGGGCCUGCACUCACACAGGUCUAUGCCAAGGCCAAGAGCGUGAUGGUUGUGGAGGUGAUUGCUCCUGCAUGGCUGCACCGCUUCAUUAUUGGGAAGAAAGGACAGAACAUCGGAAGGAUCACACAGCAGCUGCCACGGGUACACAUCGAAUUCACGGAUGGCGAGGAGCGUAUUAGCCUGGAGGGUCCAACGGAGGAGGUGGAGCAGGCUCAAGCACAGAUCCAGGAGAUCAUCAAGGACCUGCUGGUGAGGAUGGACUACACUGAAGUCAUCAUUGAUCAGCGUUUCCACAGACACCUGAUUGGAAAGAACGGUGCCAACAUAAACCGGAUUAAGGAGCAGUACAAAGUGUCGGUGAGAAUCCCCCACGACUCAGAGCGUAGUGGCCUUGUCCGGAUUGAAGGGGAUCCCAAGGGAGUCCAGCUGGCCCGGAGAGAACUCAUCGAGAUGGUUCAGAGAAUGGAAAAUGAACGCACUAAAGAUCUGAUAGUAGAACAGAAGUUCCAUCGCACAAUCAUCGGCCAGAAGGGAGAAAAGAUCAAAGAAGUCCGUGAUAAGUUUCCGGAGGUCAUCAUUAAUUUCCCUGACCCAGCCCAGAAGAGCGACGUUGUCCAGUUGAGAGGGCCGAAGAAUGAAGUUGAGAAAUGCAGCAAGUUCCUUCAGAAAAUCAUUUCUGAGCUGAUCGAGAAUAGCUUCUCACUGUCGGUCCCCAUCUUCAAACAGUUCCACAAAAACAUUAUUGGCAAGGGUGGAUCCAACAUUAAGAAGAUCCGUGAAGAGACCAACACUAAAAUCGACCUGCCGACUGAGAACAGCAACUCAGAAAUGAUUAUCAUCACAGGCAAGAAAAGCAACUGUGAGGCUGCGAGAGAACGAAUUCUCACCAUCCAGAGGGAACUGGCCAACAUUAAAGAGGCAGAGGUCAACAUCCCGGCCAAACUGCACAACUCUCUGAUCGGUUCCAAGGGCUGUCUGGUGCGCUCCGUCAUGGAGGACUGUGGUGGGGUCCACAUCCACUUCCCCUCUGAAGGCUCUGGCUCAGACAAGGUGACCAUCAGAGGACCAGCCACUGAGGUGGAGAGGGCCAGAAAACAGCUGCUGCAGCUGGCUGAGGAAAAGCAAGUCAACAACUUCACUGCUGAGCUGCAGGCCAAACCAGAGUACCAUAAAUUCCUAAUAGGCAGAGGAGGCGCAAACAUUCGGCGUGUUCGCGACAGGACGGGUGCUCGCAUCAUCUUCCCGUCACCUGAUGACACAGAGCAGGAGCUGAUCACCAUCGUUGGGAAGGAGGAAGCAGUCCGGCAGGCCCAAAAGGAGCUGGAGAGCCUUGUCAAAAACCUGGAUGAUGUGGUGGAGGAUAGCAUGGUGGUGGAUGUUCGCCAUCACCGGCACUUUGUUUGUCGGAGGGGUCAGGUUCUAAGGGAACUGGCGGAGGAGUAUGGUGGUGUUGCUGUGAGUUUCCCUCGGACUGGAGUCAACAGCCAGCGUGUUACACUGAAGGGGGCUAAGGACUGUGUCGAGGCUGCCAAAAAACGCAUUCAGGAAAUCAUUGAGGACCUGGAGUCCCAGGUGAGUGUGGAGGUGGCAAUCCCGCAGCGGUACCACCGGGCCGUCAUGGGACCGAAAGGUUGCCGCAUUCAGCACAUCACCAGGGAGCAUGAGGUCCAGAUCAAGUUCCCAGAGAGAGACGACAGCACUGCAGGUCAGGACGCCUUCUCUCAGGAAAAUGGUCACAUUAGUCCAGACACAGAGUUUGUCCCUCGCAAGUGUGACAUCAUCACGAUCUCUGGAAGGACAGAGAAGUGCGAGCUGGCUAAAGAAGCCCUCCUGGCACUGGUACCAGUCACAGAAGACAUGGAGGUGUCCAAUGAGCUGCACCGCUUUAUCAUUGGUCAGAAGGGCAGCGGCAUCAGGAAGAUGAUGGAGGAAUUUGAGGUCAACAUCUGGGUGCCCCAGCCAGAGAAGCAGCUGGAUUUUAUCAAGGUCACUGGCCUGGCAAGCAACGUAGAGCGAGCCAAACAUGGUCUGUUGGAGCGAGUCAAGGAGCUGCAGGCUGAACAGGAGGACCGGGCUCUGCGCAGCUUCAAAGUGACCAUGUCUGUCAAUCCUAAAUUCCAUCCCAAAAUAAUCGGCCGCAAGGGAGCCGUCAUCUCACAGAUCAGAAAAGACCACGACGUCAACAUCCAGUUCCCCGACAAAGGAGACGAGCAGCAGGAUCUGAUCGUCAUCUCCGGGUACGAGUCAAACGUGGAGGAAGCGCGUCAGGCCAUCCAGCAGCUGGUGGCUGAGCUGCAGGAGAUGGUGAGCCAAGAUGUUCAUCUGGACCCCCGAACACACGCUCGCAUCAUCGGUGCCCGUGGCAAAGCGAUCCGCCGGCUGAUGGAGGAGUUCAGGGUGGAUAUCCGCUUCCCUCAACCUGGAUCAGAUGAGCCGGACAAGGUGACGGUGACAGGCCUUCCUGACACUGUCGACAAUGCCAUCGACCAUCUGCUCAACCUGGAGGAAGAAUAUAUGCUGAGUGUGACGGAGACCGAGACUUUGGCCGCCUAUAUGAAGCCGCCAUCACGCUACGGCGCAGGAGGAGCGGGCGGAGCGGACGAUGGCAGUGGCGGUCCAACGAAAGGCUUCGUCGUGCGUGAUGCCCCCUGGAACGCUGCUGGACACAAGGCCCCCGACAUGAGCAGUGCCGAGGACUUCCCCACAUUUGGGGCCGGUGUGGCCCCGAAGCAAACGGCCGCUUGGGGCCCCAAAAAGUUCUGACAAGGUUCACAUGGAAGAGAAAAGUCAAGAGAGAAGCUGGGAUCAAGCUGCUGCUCACCGUCCUCUGCCCCUGCUGCCGGCACCUCUGCAGCAACUGAGAGCUUCUCUGGUCCUCCUGCUGACGUGUCCUCCACACCUCCUGCUCCUCAACCGCCUCCUCGCUCCUCUGGUGGCUGAGCAGUGUCCACAACUCUGCUGUGGUUCUGCUUGCAUUCCCUGGACGUCUCCUGCUUUCCAGCUCUCUCGUCUGCUCAGUGAUGUGCAGCAGUGGAGGUGUGUGUUCUGUGUCAUUUCUACUUAUUUCAGAGGAAACUGCUGCUGUCGCUGACUUUGGAAAUGCUGAGCUGAGAAGAGUUUUGCUGUUUGUCUCAGAACUGUUAAUUUAUUCCAAUGGGAGGUGAAUUUACUGUGAAGAUGCGUUUUUUUUUUUUCUAAAACCGCUGUUUGAGCUUUCACUUGGUGAAGUGAAGGUUGUCACUUGAGUUUCUGUUGCGAUCUUAAAGUGUACAGAGUUUGCAUAUUUUUACUGCGAUUUCUUUACUUGUUGAAUGAUCCUGAAUGCUUGACAGGCCAAGUGAGAGAGAGAGUGAGAGAUUGAGUUGUGCAUUUUGAAUGGAGCUUAACCAAACUUUCCCGUCCUUGGUCUUGACAUGGGAGAGGCGAGCGGAUCUCUGUGGAAGUGCACUAGCGUGGCUCGCCCUCCUCCCUGUCUGGAGGAUCCUCGUCCACAGCUGCUAUUUGGUUUGCUCAAGUGCUUCUCAGCUUUUCAGUCAGAAUUUGUAGCAAAACCCCCCCCGUGACGUCCCAGUGAGGUUGAAAGUGACGGCCACCGGAGGCAGUAGUCGUCCUCCUGCAGUCAUUGGUCCAUGUUUCUGGUGUCAUUCCGGCUUCCCGUGAGGCCACUGACUUGUGAGCCCCACACGCCUGUGUCCACAGUUCCACUAGAAAGACACUCAUCUGUUUAGCCAGAGAGAAGAUGGGGCUCAUUUCAGUUCAUCCAGGACAAAAGGUAAUAGCUGAUGCAUAUAUUAAUCAUGUCCCACCCAAGUCACGCAAGACAGAAGUUUCACUUUGAGCUGUGUAUCAUCAUCAGUCACUCGAUGCCUGCCUUGUUUUCAAAUCAAAGAACUUGGACGUGACACAGUGGCAGCUGAGCCGGGGCUGGCUUCUGCUGCGCAGAAUGGCAAAACUGAACUCAACUUUUCACAAUGUAACAAAAGUCAGUCUGUCAGCCUUAGGUCCCCUCGUCUCCAUGGCAACACUGCUGACCUGCAGUCCCACCUUCUGUCAUAGCCGACCGUCCGAUGGUGACCCGCCCAGGUGCGACACAGUGAUGCCCGUCCUCUCAUCAAACCACCACUGCGAUGUUCAAAUUGUAGUUGAAGAAUUGAGAAGAAAACGGCACAUCAGCCAGCAUUUAUUAGGUGAAGAAAAAUCACUCAGGGUUUCAGGUUUCAACGUCCUCACUGGGGCAGAACCGGUUUGAUUCACAGCUGAUGACAAAAAAGUGACUAUGCAACCCAAAGGAUGUAGAUCGUGUCUGUCAGUAGGAACUCCCACCAUGACAUCAUCAUGUUGUUGGGAUUGUGAUCCUGAUCUUUUCUUUUUGCCCAGAAACUGGUGUGUGUGUGUGUGUGUGUGUGUGUGAUUCUUGUAUAGCUAUACUUGCGGGGACCAAUUCUUGGAAACACCUUCUUGUGAGGACAUUUUUCUUUUGUGGGGCCCUUUGCUAGAUCCCACGAGGGUUAGUCUCAAUUUGAGGAUGCAAUCUUCAAAAUAAGUGGGUCAGUAUAAUGAUGGUUAAGUUUGGUUCAGGGUCCUGGUGCAGGUGAGCCGUUUGUUUUGGAUGGUUGGGUCCAGGGCGAGAGGCUAGGGGAAGGGUUAAGGCAAUGAGAGGUCCUCACAAAGAUAGGGAUACAAACGUGUGUGAGGGAGAGGGACACUGUCCGUGGUGGGAUGAAGCUGCUCAACUAUUUGUCUAAUAAAACUCUGAGCGAACCUUCUAUUGGCCUUAAUGACUUAAAAGCUUCAGCAUUUUGGAGACGCGUGACUGUGCGAGUGACAUGUUGAACACGUUUUUUCUUACUAUAAAUAAAAUGUGACAGAACCAUGUUCAAGAAGGUGUGU